AUGUUCGGCUUCGGUAAGAAGUCUAGAGUCCCGGAAAAGGAGUGGAUAGUCGACAGUGACAGACCCAUUUCGACUAAGCCCUUUGAGGUGCCAUCGGACUCCAUCCAGAAGCCCAGCUUGCAAGAUGCAGAAACUGAGGAACAGAGAACCAAAUAUAACAUAGUACUAAAGCACUUUCAAUCCACAGAAAAGUAUCCUGUGCUUGAAAAAAAUUGUAAUGCCAGUGAUUAUGUGGAACUAAACGACUUUGAAAAAGCUUGGCUGAGUAAGGAAUGUCUUUUGAGGUAUCUUCGCGCGUGCGGAUGGAAUGUGGACGAAACGAUCAAACGAUUGACGAAUUCAAUUGCAUGGAGACGUGAAUUUGGAAUUGCGGGAGGAGAGUUUGAAAAGGUCACUGAAGAUGUAGUGGAGGAGGAAAACGAAACCGGGAAGCAUCUAGUCUACGGCUUUGACAACGAGGGUAGACCUUGCUUAAUACUCUUGAACGGCCGACAAAAUACUAAAACUUCUUUCAGACAAAUUCAGCAUCUGAUAUACAUGUUGGAGACUAGCAUUGAUUUCAUGCCGCAAGGACAAGACAAACUGGCGCUCUGUGUGGACUUUAAGAAAUACCCUGAGGCUUCACUAGUGGAGCCAAAGGUACCGGCAGUUUCUGUGGGGAAGCAGGUUCUGCAUAUUCUACAGUACCACUAUCCAGAAAGGCUGGGUAGAGCUCUUUUCAUUAAUAUUCCUCUCAUUGUUUGGGGCUUUUUAAAACUAUGCUGGCCAUUUGUGGAUAGCUUUACCAAACAGAAAUGCAAGUUUGACGAGCCAUUUGGAGAAUUUAUCCCUCCUGAACAACUGGCUGUGAAUUAUGGUGGAGAUGUUAAUUUCGAAUAUGUUCAUGAUGAAUACUGGCCAGCAAUGGUGGAACUUCGCAACAAAAAACGAGAAGUUUACAUUGAGAACUACCAUAGAUUGGGAGGGGGGAUUGGUCUCAGUGAGACGGACCUAAGACAGGGUUUGUGAGGAAUAAAUUGCAUAUAAGACACAUCAAGUGAAUGUUCUAAUUUUUGCGUAUUAUACAAUGUGAUGAUUAAUGUCUGAUGAGAAUGUACAGAUUUUCCUGUUUGAGCGACGAAAGAGAUCUGUAGUUUCCUUCCAAGCACAUUAAAAGUCCACCAAAUGAGACGUAGACGGAGAUAUUAUCAUCUUUCCCUUCUUCAAACUUAUAAACCGUUCCGUGCAUAACGUAAUCGUAUUCGUCCAUCAAAGACCUUUGACCUGGCUUUGGUGGUCUCCAAGAACCAUUGGUGGAGAACAUACUUUGAUCAUCCUCCGCCCCUUCGAGAGCAAGGCUUUUUGCCAAAGUCACAGAUAGCGAAUCGCCUGUGGAAACUGGAAAUAAUUCUGUAUUAAUAUCGAGAGUAAGUUUAGUAUCGGCUGAGCUAGUGGAGUUGGCAAUUAUUCUUGACACUUUGUCAUAUCUAGCGCUGUCCACCGACUGGACACUAAAAAUAUCAUCGAAAAGAGUGCUCGA